AUGCCUGGCCUUGCGACUUCGAUCGUCUCCGGUGUUGCCGUCCUCAUGGUCAUCGGAGGAGUUGCUGCGAGUGCCGUUCCUCCUCAUACUCAGACACGAAACCUCACGGUGGCCUACCCCGGCGCGCACGGUGACAGUGAGAGCUAUCGCUCCCUGCCUAUUCUGGAUCGAGGAGAUGCGGAGGGCUUCGUGGAUGCCACCGACGACGAGCUAGACUCGUCCGCGGACAGCGAUGCCGCCGUCGAUACCUGCUACAACAGAUCCCAAUGCGAAGUCGGAUACACAUGCCUCAACAGUCGUUGCACUCUGAGCUGCAUUACCGACAGUGACUGCUCCCGUCUGCAUACAUGUGCCAAUGGGACAUGCAUGGAUCCUCGUGGCGGAGCAUGCCUUUCGAACAGAAACCGCUGCACUCAUGACUAUCAGUGCUGCUCUGGCCGAUGCGACCGAUUUGCCUCUGUGUUCGGCAGCAAGAAGUGCAGAAGCUCCAUCAAAAUCUUCCCCUGAGCGGAUCAGCCUGUGGAUCGGACCGGGUGGUCUCCUGUCGUUUGGCAGUGCUCGUUUUUGUUGAAUCCUGGAUCCUUAUUCAUUCUGUUAUUGAUAUGUGCCUGUGGCGGGGUUGUGAGUGGUUG